UCCCAGCUCACUCGAUAAGAAAUUCUGAUAAUACAAAGUGAUAAUGGAAUCUGAGAUCGAGACGCUGCUCUCGAGAAAUGCAGUUCCGAUUAUAGAUUUGGGAAACGCCAUUGAAGACGUGGCCAAAAAUCUAAGACAGGCCCUUUCACAACAGGGUUAUGCUCUGCUAAUCAAUCACGGAAUUUCAGAUGAGAAGAUCAAGAUAGCCUGGGAGUAUUUCGAUGGAUUUGUUAAGUUACCAGAGGAAGUCAGAAUGGCCUACGAAAGAAGCAAGGCUCCAAAUGGCGAAAAUCACGGUUAUGUGAGUCCCGGAAUGGAACGAUUUGAUGGCAGGACACCGGAACUACGUCAUGCGUAUAAUAUAUGCAAGUUGCAGGAUGAAUUUCUUCCCGAAAAGGCGCUGCCUGGAUUUACUAGGCACAUAAGCUCUUUGACUGAUGACUUUAAUGCUUUGGGUAGAUUAAUUCUUCAAGCUUUGGCCCUUUCCCUGGAUGUUCCCCCGUCGUUCCUCUCCGAUAAGCACUCCUACAUGUUAUCCGACGAUCGUUUUAAUCUGACCACCCUACGGAUGCUCUACUACCCACCGGUGGAGGAUCAAGAUCCUGGAAAAGUUAUCCGCUGCGGAGCCCAUGCCGACUAUUGCACCUUCACUCUGCUGGCGCAGGAUUCGGAGGGUGGAUUGGAGGUCAAGUUGCGGGGCAGUGACAAAUGGGAGCGAGUGGGUCAUCUGCCGGGAGCACUCUUCAUUAACUGCGGCGAAACCAUGGCAAUGUGGACAGAUCAGCUUUAUCACGCCCUGCAACAUCGAGUGGUUGUUCCUGAUCAGACUUCUACUCGCCAGCAAGGCAGGCACUCUAUUGCCUAUUUUUGACAUCCUGAUAGUUCAACCAUGAUAGACCCUAAAGAGCUAAAUAUUCCACUUAAGGAGUCGACAACUGGAAUAAUACACAACGCUUAUGAUUUAGCUAUGUCUUUGGCAAAAGGCGCAUAUGGGCAUAAUAAUUAUUAG